AUAAAAAAAAAACGGAUAGGAGAGCUCGGCACUUUGAGGUUUGCACGCUGCAAGGGCCAAGGUCGCUGGACAUUAUUUUGACCUCUCGUCUCGUCUCAACAAAAGUCAACCACGACAAAGUAAAUCUGUCCACGAGAAGGAGAAGGGAAUGCCGUUUCGCCAACCAAACCAAUCAGAUGCUAGUCAGCGGUCGUGCCGCCGGAUAUCCGGUCGGCGAUGCCGCGCGCGCGGAACGCCGGCGCACGGCGGUGCGUGCGGCCGUACGCCGUCGGGGUCCAUAUACUACUUACGGAGUACAAGUAGUAUAAUGAAAACCAGUGAGGGCGAGAGCGAGUCUGACACCCCACUGCAGCAGGACAUUUCGCCGAGCACCUCGCGCGCGCGCCGAUGGAGGGAGGCCGGGUCCACCCGCAGCAGCGCCCGGGGAGCGAGCGCACCAGGCUGGGCGUCUACCACGACGUGCUGCGCCGCCUCAGGGACGCCGCCGCGCCCGAGGCGCUCGCGCCGGACUUCGCCGACAGCCUCUGGGCGCACUUCCACCGCUUCAGCGUCAGGUACGCGUUGGAUGUGAACACCGAGAGGGCGGAUGAUGUUCUGGUGCACAUGCAGCUGCUCGACAGGGCUAAGCACUCGGAGAACCAGCCAGCCUUCUCCGUCAGAGUUGUUCAGGUGCCUGUGCCUCCAGAGGUUGAUGCCACUGAACAAGAUUCUUCUGAACCCAAUUCCAUGGAAGAGGGCGCCUCCGCAACCUCAAGGAAACUCAAUGUGCACCCAGAGCCAAUUUUUGGCUCCUCGCAGAACCUUAAGGCCCUUGUACGUGAAGCCAGCAGCAGGAACCUCCUGGAUGAUGGCGAUGCUAUUCUCAGGCCCAUGCAUGAAAUCACUUUUGCAUCCCAGGACAGGCCAAAGGGCCUUACUCAAUUGUCCGCACUUCUAGGCCAGCUCAAUCUUGACAUCAAGGAAGUACAUGCACUUUCAACAAACGAUGGCUACUUCUUAGAUAUUUUCAUUGUAGUCGGAUGGGAUCACAAGGAAACUCUACAGCUUGAAGAAGCAUUGGAAAAGGAAAGUCACAACUAUAAGGCACAGAUGCAUUCAACAUCUUCUUGCUGGCCUCCUGAAUUGGCAGGCAAGCAGUGUCUGAAUAACUCACAAGAAGGCAGCCAUGUUGAUAUACCUAAAGAUAACACUGACGAAUGGGAGAUUAAUUUCAAAGCAUUGGCAUUUCAAGACAAAGUGGCAUCUGGAACGUAUGGAGAUCUUUAUCAUGGUACAUACUUCGGUGAGGAUGUUGCUAUCAAGGUACUCAAAUCAGAUCGCCUUAAUGAGAACAUGGAAAAGGAGUUUGCUCAUGAAGUAUAUAUCAUGAGGAAGAUCCGUCACAAGAACAUUGUUCGAUUUCUUGGGGCAUGCACCAAGCCAAAAACUUUAUGCAUUGUCACAGAAUUCAUGAAAAAUGGAAGUGUGUAUGAUUUCCUUCACAAGCGUAAAGGUUCCUUCAAACUUCCUAGUCUACUUAAAGCCGCAGCUGACAUAUCAAAAGGGAUGGACUAUUUACACCAAAAUAGAAUUAUUCAUCGAGAUUUGAAGACUGCCAAUCUCCUAAUGGAUGAGCAUGAGCUCAUCAAGGUUGCUGACUUUGGUGUUGCACGUGUCAAAGCUGAGUCAGGUGUGAUGACAGCGGAAACUGGGACAUAUCGUUGGAUGGCUCCUGAGGUUAUAGAGCACAAACCAUACGACUCCAAGUCUGAUGUAUUUAGCUUCGGCAUUGUUCUGUGGGAGCUGCUAACGGGAAAGAUUCCUUAUGAAUUUCUAACACCACUCCAAGCAGCCAUUGGUGUUGUCCAGGAGGGCUUAAGACCAGUGAUCCCAAGGGGCACAAACCCUAAGCUCGCACAGUUACUUGAGAAGUGCUGGCAGCAAAAUCCUACCAACAGGCCAGACUUCACAGAAAUUUUGCAAACACUGAAUGAAAUUGCAGAGGAGGUCCCCAUGGAUCCUAACAAGCCCCACAAAGAGAAGGAAAAAGGAGGCAGCUUCUUUUCAUUUGGGAAGGGCCAUUGACAGGCUGUUCUGCUGAAUUUGUGUCACAACUGGAGUUGUACAAUUGCCACUGUUCGGAUAGAUUUACGUUUCUUCGAUAACAAUUUUCCUUUGUGAAGAUGUCGGCUUUCCAUGGUCUAUGCAAUUGUAUAGUGUGGUUGCUUGACUAACAUAUCAUUUGAAAUCUAGAGUUCAUCAGGAUGCACAAGCUGCAA